CAGACAAAUAAAAAUGGCGGAAGAUGGCGAUAUUGAUAUUGAAGGAGAUUUUGAUUUUAAAUUGGAGGUUGCCAACAUCUACGACACUAAUGAACUGCCAUCAAAGAGUGCUAACCUCCUGCCAGAGUACACAAAUCCCGCUUGGAUGCUUGAACAGGGAUGGACAAUGGACAGCUGUAUUGAUGAGAAGUCCAAGGCCACCAUUGAGAAAAUGCUACAGGAGGAGCAAUAUUACUUGAAUGGGAAGGUUGGUACCCGCCAAAGACUAGAUAAGAUUGCCGGCAGUUCCAAGUCGAAACCCAUGUCUCACAAACAGCCAUGGAGUGAAGAGGAGAAACAAGUGUUCCAGUCGGGACUGGAGAUCUUCGGAAGAAGUUGGUCCAAGAUUGCACAGCUUAUACCAUCACGUACAACACUGCAGGUUAAAAACUAUGCCCAACAGUAUUUCAAACAGCAGGCCAAGCGAUCCCCCGGUGUAGUGGAGACUUCUACACAGAGCCAGUUGGAUCCCACCCUACUUCACAACUCAGCACUGGCUCAUGUAUUGGUGUCAGUGACAACCGGUCAGCCGACAGUAACUACGGCCACUGCUAUACGUCCUCAGGUGACCUUGUCAAGGUCACACAUGGUGCCCCACCCCAGACCAACGUGUACAGCCCCUUCCCCCAGCGUUGUAUCAAACCCAUCUUUACCAGUGUGUCCUCCUUGUCCGGUGCCACCCAUUCCAAACACUGCCACUUCCUCUUCACAAGGUCUGGCCUUCAAACCUAUAGACCGAGGUACAUCAUCAACAUCAACGAUGAAAAUCAUUACACAGACAAGUCCUCGUCUUGUUUUACCCAAGAGACCUGCAUCAGCUCCUAAACUGAGUCAGCCAGUCACCAUAAUAACGACUAACUUAGAGUCAAUCAGUGGGGCAGAGACUCCAAAACAGUUUGUUUAUAAUGGAGAAAUCCAGCUCCUGGAGGUAACAAAGCCAGCAAACCAGCUUCAGUUGAGCCCCACCCUGGAGAACAAACUGGCUAGCUCCACAGGGAUCAUUGAAAACCUGGACGGGUUCUGUGCUGUUGCUGAUAUUAUACCAGGGUCGUCGUCUAUGGAAGACACGAGUCAGGAUGACGAGGAGAUAGAUAUUGAUAUAGAAAAUGAUGACGAGAAUGAUGAAAAUCCCAUUCUGAAAAGUAGGUCAGCAUCACCUAAUUCUGUAUAUGAACGACUACUUAAAGCUGCCAAUAUAAGAAACAAAGAUUCUAGUCAAAAGGAGGCUGAGGUGAAGGUCAAGUCAAGCUAUAAGUCGGAGAGUGUGGCAUUGAGUGAAAAUAAACCACCAGUGAAAUCUCCAGUAAAAUGUGAAGUUGUUGAGGAGAGUUGUGAAAUUUCUGAGAUGCCUGUCGUCAGCUCCGAUGUAACAGUGCUAGAGAGUGGACAGACUGGUCAGUUGGAAGUUAAACCCCUGGACGCAGUGGAGAAUACAUCCGUGACCUCAGAAGUCAUCUCAGAGUCGUCCGAGGAUUGGUCAACAGAAAGUAACUAUGGGGAUGAGAAAAAAAUUUCCAACAGCAUUAUUCUAUCUAAUGGAGAAGUUGUCGAGUUCUCUAUCCCAACAGAGGAACAUGUGGUAGAUUAUAAAAGCAUUACAGAUGUGGAGAGAAAAAUUCAUAUUGAGUUCUUUGACGGUCGGCCCUCCAAGACACCAGAAAGAUAUAUGAAGAUCAGAAAUUACAUCCUGGAAUCAUGGAGGAAAUGCCGCCCCAAUUACCUGAACAAGACGUCUGUGCGGCCUGGCCUCAGGAACUGUGGUGACGUCAACUGUAUAGGCAGGAUACACUCUUACUUGGAGUGUACAGGGGCAAUUAAUUUUGGCUGUGACCAGGCAUGUUACAACCAUCCAACAAAGAUUGUUGUUGCAGGGCCAAGGGAGAGGUUUAGCCGAGAGGCUGUAAUACAGGUCAAUCUGUCAAAGUUGGAGGCAAUGAGGCCCCGAAAGCGGAGGAUUCGAGAUGCCUGUGGCCACUGGGUGGACGAGAAGGAAUUGCAGGGCAAAACUAUUGAGCACAAAGAAGGAUGUGAUGAAGGCUAUCCUAAACCAAAAGCCUAUCGGUUUGCCAAGGGUGGAUAUGAUCCCUUCCAAUUAAUACCCUGUGUUCCAUUCUCAGAGGACUUACAGCCUCCUUUUUCUGUGGAAGUUUACAACUUAGCAAUGAUCACCAUGGAUAUGCAUGCCCACGUAUCUAAGACUGAGGUAAUCGGCAUGCUGGGAGGACAGUAUAUGGAGGAACAGGGUAAACUGGUGAUCACCAUGGCAGUGCCAUGUAACAGUAUUAGUACUGGAAUGCAGUGUGAGAUGGAUCCAGUAUCACAGACUCUGGCCAGUGAGGCGAUUUGCCAGAACUACUCUGUUGUGGGAUGGUAUCAUUCUCAUCCAACUUUUGCACCAAACCCGUCCAUUAGAGAUAUAGAAACUCAACUUAAGUUCCAGGAAUGGUUUUCUAAAGGUGGUUCCAAAUUUGUUGGUGUGAUUGUGAGCCCCUACAACAGACAGAACCCCAGUCUGUACUCCGAGUUCCAGUGUUUAACUAUUGGUCAGGAGCGCAGUGAGACAGACCAGUACAACAUCCCCAACAACUUUAGUUAUGACGUGAUAGUGCACCCGGUGCCCGCUAUUGACCUAAAAGCAGAGGCUAGUGAUUUGGCUGAGCGGUAUGCUAGCUAUACCAACAGGGUGGAGCUCCUAGGGGACUACAGGGUGGUUACACAAAUCAGGUGUCUAGAUAAGAUGCUACUGUCUAUAAGUGAGUACAUGGAUAAUAGCCAGGACGAAGUGGAGGACCUGACAUCUGUUGUCCGAGACGUUUUUACCGAGGCGUUUUCAUCCAACCACCCCGAGUCUGUAGAACCUGAUGUUGUGUGUGAGGACUCGGACUAUUUCUGUACAGAGGCAGAUAUGAUGAGCUCUUCUAGUGAUAGUGAAGGACAGUCACAAGACAAGGACCAAUCGGAGUCAAGUUCUCAAAGUAGUGGUAGCCAAUCAAAAAAUGUAUUACAAGAAACUGAUGGUGCUGGUUUAACACAGGAACUAGAACUUUCUAAUUCCACAGGUCCUCAUCUUAUUGGUGUCAGUUGAUGAACACUUUUUAUUAGAAAAUCAUUAAUGCAUGUGUUUUUGAUAUUUUGGGUAUUUAUUGAUCUUUCCAAAUAAGUUGUCAGGACACUAAAUGAGCAAACUGACCAAAGGCUUUCACACGGAAGAAAGAGCUUUUCAGAAACAAGUUGUUAUUUCCACUUGUGGGUUUGUUGUAAUGACAUGAGUAUUGAAAUUGUUGAUGUUGUGGUAUCAUACACUUUCUUGAUCCCUGUGCUUUUAUCCAUACAUAAUUUACAUACAGAUAUGUAUGCCAAAGUUCCUUCAAAUGUGGUUGUAUUAGUGUUUUGUUUUGUUUUGGUGUCACCUGUGAGGUAAAGGUGACAUAAUAAUAGGUAUCACCAUAUCUUGGAUUUUGUGAAAAGUUACAUGGUUUCCAUGUGAUAAUCCAGGAAGGGAUGAUUUAAUAUUCUUCACAAUUUCUACACAUGUCUACAGUAUCAAUUACUUGCUCAAGUACAAUUUGACCAGAAUCUGAAAAUCAACAAGGCCACCAACAGCCAUCAUAGAUUUAGUUAAAAGUCACAAGGUUUCUUUGCAAUAGCUCAUGAAUGAAUGAUUUGACAUUUAUGAAACUUAUGUAUUACUCACUCAAGUUUGAUUUGGAUCUAUUUCGAGUUGGGUCCAAAGUUCAAUCUGACAGCCAGUGGCCAUCUUGAAUUUUGUACAGAUUUGAUUUCAGAUUAUGUCUUUUGAAGAAAUUCUAUUGGAUUUUAAUGAAACUAGCCUGGUGAACAUACUUUACUCACGUUCUUCAAUCAAGUUUUAUGCUCAGCCAAGUUUAUCAAUAUUUCACGAGGCUACUGCAAUCUGGUCGAUAUUGCAUCAGCAAAUAUAACACAUUUCAUUCCUUCAUCAUUGGAUAGUUGUAGUUAGCCAUCAUUCCACAGAAGCUGGGGCAGGCAACACGUCCACAGUAAUAGAACACUUGUUUUAUCAGGGUGAAAUGUGUCAACGAUAUGGAAUACAGCAAAAUAUUAAGAAUGAUUAUAUUUAAGGGUUGUAAUACUCACCAGAGUAUAGUUACUUCUGGUUUAAGUUAUUAUUGUUGAAGUUGUUUUUAAAAUCAUCUAUGCUACCCGAGAAGCAGACAUAGAUUUGGAAAUUUUGAAAAAGGGGCCCAUUCUAGUGAAGGAAGGUUAAACCUUUGUUGGGUACCAUUUUGCUAAAUGAAUUUCCAAGCACAGGUUUGUAUGACAGAAUUGUUUAAUAGGCAUUUCAACAAUUGUUUUUGACUAUAUGAAAUAUUUAUUAAUUGCUAUUUUCCAGUUACCUGGUAAAAAAUCUAAAUAAAAUACA